UAAGUUCCGGAGUUAUGUGUUUUAUCAGAAGUGUCCAUCUUUUUUCGUCUGGUUGUUGGGUGAAUAUGGUCUCGCAUUCCUUCCCAUGCUUCAUCAAUGAUGCAUUAUUUGUAAAAAUUCUGGAUUUUUCAUACUUUCAUCAAAUUAAUUUAAUAUUCAAUCUUGUUUGUCUUGGCAUGGUUCUUUGGGUUAAAAUAUUAAUUAGGAAUAUUCUGGGUUUGAUGUCUGCUAGUGUGUGCAUUCUCUGACAAUUCUAUGCAAGAAAACAUGCUGGCAUACAUUUAGUAUUAUUAUUGGAAUUCCAUGUAGGAUUUGAAGAUUACCCAGUUAAAAAGAAUCUUUAACCCAUUCCUGAUUCAUCUUUUUUGUACUUAAUAUUUUUGGAUUCUUACCUUUCUGAGUCAGAUUAACAUGUUUUUGCUUUACUAAUUUUAUGGGCAUGCUUGGAUCCAGUUGUUUAUGUGAUUUUAACAGGGUUUGAGUACGUAGGGUAGUGGAGGCGGUGUAUUAUGGGUCGUUUAUCAUCGAUUUUCAAUGGAUUUUCAAGGUCGUUGUUCCUCAAGAGAACAAAGAAUUUGGAGAACAGUUUUGGGAAUUGUGAUGGAAGAGAGGCUGUGGAAGCUAUGGCGAAUGAUGCGACGAAGAAUGAGUUGAUAUUGACGACAUCAGGCACUGUUAAUGUCGAAAGAUCACAGAAUUUUGCUUCUGUUUUCUCGAAAAGAGGGCAGAAAGGCAUGAAUCAAGAUUGCUGCAUUGUUUGGGAGGAAUUCGGAUGCCAGGAGGACAUGAUAUUCUGUGGGAUAUUUGAUGGGCAUGGCCCUUGGGGACAUUUUGUGGCCAAGACGGUUAGGGAGUCGAUGUUAUCGUCUCUUCUCUGUAACUGGCAGAAGACCCUCGUCGAAGCUUCACUUGAUCCCGAUUUUGAUCUGGAAUCUGAUAAAAAGCUUCAUAAAUUCCAUAUAUGGAAGCAUUCCUAUUUGAAGACAUGUGCUGCCAUAGAUCAGGAGCUGGAACACCAAAGUAAAAUCGACUCAUUCUACAGUGGCACUACUGGUUUGACAAUUGUUAGACAGGGUGAACAUAUUUUCAUCGCAAAUGUUGGCGAUUCGCGUGCUGUACUGGCGAUGACAUCUGAAACUGGCAACUUGGUACCCGUACAGCUUACAGUUGACUUCAAGCCCAAUCUACCUCAGGAGGCUGAGCGAAUAAUUCAAUGCAAAGGCAGAGUGUUCUGUUUGCAAGACGAGCCAGGGGUUCCCAGAUUGUGGUUGCCUGAUGAGGAAUCUCCUGGACUAGCGAUGUCUAGAGCUUUUGGUGACUAUUGUGUUAAGGAUUUUGGCCUCGUUUCCAUUCCAGAAGUGACACAGAGAUAUAUUACCAGUAAAGACCAGUUUGUCGUGCUAGCAACAGACGGGGUAUGGGACGUUAUCUCCAACGAAGAAGCGGUAGAAAUUGUGUCAUUGGCUCCAGACCGGGCAAAAUCGGCUAGGCGUCUCGUGGAGUGUGCUGUCCAUGCAUGGAAGAAGAAGAGAAAGGGAAUAGCAAUGGAUGAUAUAUCAGCAAUUGUACUCUUCUUCUUCACUGCUGCUGUAUCUUCACCUAAGUAAUUCUAUCAAUGUUAAUGUUUUUCUAUUCAUUCUAAAACAUUAAUGACAAAAAUGUCGCCCAACAGGGCCUGGGAGGGACAUGAUCAAGUCCAGCACAGCACUGUCUAUUCCAAUAUAUUAUGAUUUUUAUUUUCAAAUUA